GGAGGGCUGUGGCGGUUGAAAAGCCGCCGCCUGGCUGAGGAGCGGCGCCAGUGCGCGGUGGGCGCUGCCAGUGGGUGGCUGGAGGGCAGCGAGUUCGAGUCCCGCCUCCGCGAGCCUGAGUCGGCAACCACUUCUCCGUGUGCCGCACUCCGCUCCUGGACGAGGGGAGCUCGGAGCGGUCGUUUGGUUUCCUGUUCUUGCUUCUUUUCCUCUUUGCGCGGAGGCCGCGGCUUUCUCUGUGGGGCGCCAGUCCGCAGGGACAGAGUUUGCCGGAGUUUGUGCCGAGUUUGGGCCCCGGCCCCGCCGCCCCGCCGCCGCCAUGCCCGUCUUCCACACGCGCACCAUCGAGAGCAUCCUGGAGCCGGUGGCCCAGCAGAUCUCCCACCUGGUCAUCAUGCACGAGGAGGGGGAGGUGGACGGAAAGGCCAUCCCGGACCUCACCGCCCCCGUGUCGGCCGUGCAGGCCGCUGUCAGCAACCUGGUGCGGGUUGGAAAAGAGACUGUGCAGACAACAGAAGACCAGAUCUUGAAAAGGGAUAUGCCACCAGCAUUUAUCAAAGUGGAGAACGCCUGCACCAAACUGGUUCGGGCAGCCCAGAUGCUGCAAGCAGAUCCUUACUCAGUACCAGCUCGUGACUAUCUCAUUGAUGGAUCGAGAGGAAUCCUUUCUGGAACAUCAGACUUGCUCCUGACAUUCGAUGAAGCAGAGGUCCGUAAAAUCAUCCGUGUCUGCAAAGGAAUAUUGGAAUAUCUGACUGUGGCAGAAGUGGUAGAGACAAUGGAGGAUCUGGUGACUUACACGAAGAACUUAGGGCCAGGAAUGACAAAGAUGGCCAAAAUGAUUGAUGAGAGACAACAGGAAUUAACUCAUCAGGAACAUAGGGUUAUGCUGGUGAAUUCCAUGAAUACAGUGAAGGAGCUAUUGCCAGUACUUAUUUCAGCUAUGAAGAUUUUUGUAACCACAAAAAAUUCUAAAAGCCAAGGAAUAGAAGAGGCCUUGAAAAAUCGCAAUUUCACAGUAGAGAAAAUGAGUGCGGAGAUAAAUGAAAUAAUUCGUGUAUUGCAACUCACUUCGUGGGAUGAAGAUGCCUGGGCAAGCAAGGACACUGAAGCCAUGAAGAGAGCUUUAGCCUUAAUAGAUUCAAAGAUGAAUCAAGCAAAAGGUUGGCUGAGAGAUCCAAAUGCACCUCCAGGGGAUGCUGGUGAACAGGCUAUAAGGCAGAUCCUUGAUGAAGCUGGCAAAGCAGGAGAGCUGUGUGCAGGCAAAGAGCGCAGAGAGAUCCUGGGCACGUGCAAAACCUUGGGGCAAAUGACUGAUCAGCUGGCUGACCUCCGGGCUAGAGGGCAGGGUGCUACACCCAUGGCUAUGCAGAAAGCCCAGCAGGUGUCCCAGGGCCUGGACUUGCUCACUGCCAAAGUGGAGAAUGCAGCCCGCAAGCUGGAGGCUAUGACCAACUCCAAGCAGGCAAUUGCUAAGAAGAUUGAUGCUGCUCAGAAUUGGCUUGCAGAUCCUAAUGCGGGGAGUGAAGGAGAAGAGCAUAUUCGGGGAAUUAUGAAUGAAGCAAGGAAAGUUGCAGAACUAUGUGAGGAGCCUAAAGAGAGAGAUGAUAUCCUUCGUUCCUUGGGGGAAAUCUCUGCUUUGACAGCCAAGCUGUCAGAUCUGCGACGGCAUGGGAAAGGUGACUCUCCUGAGGCCCGUGCUUUGGCUAAGCAAAUAGCUACAUCACUUCAGAAUUUACAGUCCAAAACAAACAGGGCUGUAGCUAAUACGAGGCCAGUUAAAGCAGCUGUCCAUUUGGAGGGCAAGAUUGAACAGGCUCAAAGGUGGAUAGACAAUCCUACAGUUGCUGAUCGGGGAGUCGGCCAGGCUGCCAUCCGCGGGCUGGUUGCCGAAGGCCGGCGUUUGGCCAACGUCAUGAUGGGCCCGUACCGGCAGGACCUGCUGGCCAAGUGUGACCGCGUGGACCAGCUCUCUGCCCAGCUGGCUGAUCUGGCUGCUCGAGGGGAGGGCGAGUCCCCCCAGGCCAGGGCCAUUGCUGCUCAGCUCCAGGACUCGCUGAAGGAUCUUAAAUCACGGAUGCAAGAAGCAAUGACCCAGGAAGUUUCUGAUGUUUUUAGUGACACCACAACUCCUAUUAAAUUGUUAGCAGUAGCAGCCACUGCUCCCUCUGAUGCUCCCAACAGAGAUGAGGUGUUUGAUGAAAGAGCAGCAAACUUUGAAAACCAUGCUGCUAGACUGGGAGCUACAGCAGAAAAAGCAGCUGCAGUUGGAACUGCCAAUAAAACUACCGUGGAGGGCAUUCAGGCGACAGUGAAAUCAGCAAGGGAACUCACCCCACAGGUAGUAUCAGCAGCUCGUAUCCUCCUGAGAAAUCCUGGAAAUCAAGCUGCUUAUGAACAUUUUGAGACCAUGAAAAAUCAAUGGAUUGAUAAUGUAGAAAAAAUGACAGGGUUGGUGGAUGAAGCCAUUGAUACUAAAUCUCUGUUGGAUGCAUCAGAAGAAGCCAUUAAGAAGGACCUGGAUAAAUGUAAAGUUGCAAUGGCCAACAUGCAACCUCAGAUGCUGGUAGCUGGUGCCACCAGCAUUGCCAGACGAGCAAACCGCAUCCUGCUGGUUGCAAAACGGGAGGUGGAAAAUUCUGAAGACCCUAAAUUUAGGGAGGCUGUUAAAGCAGCCUCUGAUGAGCUGAGCAAAACUAUAUCACCCAUGGUAAUGGAUGCUAAAGCUGUGGCAGGCAACAUUUCUGAUCCUGGUUUGCAGAAGAGUUUCUUGGAUUCUGGAUACAAAAUUCUGGGAGCUGUGGCCAAAGUCAGAGAAGCCUUCCAGCCUCAGGAACCAGAUUUUCCUCCUCCUCCUCCUGACCUUGAGCACCUUCAUCUGACUGAUGAACUUGCUCCUCCAAAACCACCGCUACCAGAGGGUGAGGUUCCCCCACCCAGACCACCACCACCUGAAGAAAAGGAUGAAGAGUUCCCAGAGCAAAAGGCAGGAGAAGCAAUCAAUCAGCCCAUGAUGAUGGCUGCUAGACAGUUGCAUGAUGAAGCCCGGAAAUGGUCUAGCAAGCCUGAUGUGACUGUGAUUAAUGAAGCGGCUGAGGCUGGUGUAGAUGUAGAUGAGGAGGAUGAUGCAGAUGUUGAAUUCACUCUCCCCUAUGACAUUGAAGAUGAUUACGAGCCUGAGCUGCUGUUAAUGCCAACCAAUCAGCCCGUUAACCAGCCCAUUCUGGCUGCUGCUCAGUCUCUACAUCGGGAAGCAACCAAGUGGUCUAGUAAGGGCAACGACAUCAUCGCGGCGGCGAAGCGCAUGGCGCUGCUCAUGGCAGAGAUGUCACGCCUGGUCCGGGGUGGCAGCGGCAACAAGCGCGCCCUCAUCCAGUGCGCCAAGGACAUCGCCAAGGCGUCCGACGAGGUCACGCGGCUCGCCAAGGAGGUGGCCAAGCAGUGCACGGACAAGCGCAUCAGGACAAACCUCCUGCAGGUCUGUGAGCGAAUCCCAACCAUCAGUACACAGCUGAAAAUUCUCUCCACUGUCAAAGCUACCAUGCUGGGCAGAACUAAUAUCAGUGAUGAAGAGUCAGAACAGGCAACUGAGAUGUUGGUUCAUAAUGCCCAGAAUCUCAUGCAGUCUGUGAAGGAAACUGUGAGAGAAGCUGAAGCAGCAUCCAUUAAGAUAAGAACAGACGCUGGAUUCACUCUUCGCUGGGUCAGAAAGACCCCAUGGUAUCAGUAAAUACUUGCCAUGUUAGUAUUGUUUUCUGUAACUUAAAAUGCCUUUUUUUGGAAACAGAAGAGAUAUAUUAACAGCAAAAGGUGCUGUGUACAUGAGCUUAAGAUUAGCUUAUGCUAAUGCCCCAUUCUAAGGGUAUGAAUUAUAAGAUAAUGCAUUUCAAAUGUCUUUGGAACACAUUUGAUAUCCAACACCUCCAAUUUGCUGCCAACAGGAGACAGUUGUUAUAAUUUUUUUUGUUUUUCAAGAUUUUCUUAGUGAAUUCUGUACUCCCAGAAACAUUUCAUUUAUGCACUGUAUAGUCCAGUAGUUUCCAUGUGACGAUAUAAAACAUGGACCUCACUUUAAGCUUAUCUUGAAAGUUUAGGACACUUGGUUACUUGGCAGGUUUUUAGGGACAAUCAUGGAUACAGAAACUUUCAACUUCCCAACAGGAUUUUAUCUGGCUAUUCUAAAAUCAUGCAGAAAUGAUGGAAGAUAUGAAGUUUUUGAUUAAAAGAGGGAAGGUGGGGCAGCAGAACAGUUGUAAACUGAGGAUUAAAACUCCAUGUCUGAAAUACUAUUUUUUUUUUUUUGCUUUUGAUUCUUGCCUGGCAACAGUACUUUAA